GAAGCCUCGAGAGAUAAGAGUGAAAGAUAGAAUCCUGCUCGAUUCAGAUGGCUUCAGCGGUACGAAGUGUCACGGCUGCUGCCACUGCUGGCGCCCAUGCCAGCGUAACCCUAAGCCGCUAUACGUUAAGGCCCUUUUUGUCUCGAUCAUUGGAAUCACUUUCACUCUCAAGGAGCCCCAAGAUGAACUCCUCCACUGCCGCAGCUACAGCUCUGGCCACAGACGAAACCGACACUGCAAAAGCACAAGCGAGCUACAAGAUCGUCCAAGAUGCAGGCAACUUCAAAGAAACCGAAGCCAGCAGGCCAGCCUUCGACCAUUCAAAUUCUCCAAUUGAAGUGACGCAAUCCCCAUAUCCAAACUGGGAAUACGGCCAGGGCGUCCCAGACAAGACCCCCAAUCCCCCAAACCACCACGAAAUAGACCCAUACGCAUCCGGCCGCGAAAUGGUGAACAACUACCGCCUCCUCAUAUCUGGGAUUGCACCACGUCCGGUCGGGUUCCUGAGUACCGUCUCCGCAGAAACAGGGACGGAGAAUCUGGCGCCGUUUAGCUAUUUCCAGGUUGUAGACCAUGACCCGCCGAUGUUUAUUCUGGGGUUCUCGGGACGCCCUGGUGCAGAGAAGGACACGUAUCGGAAUCUGAAGGAAACGGGAGAAUGCGUGAUUAAUACUGUUUCGGAGAAUAUGAUCGAGGCUGUGAAUGCGACGUCUAUUGAUGCGCCGUAUGGGGUUUCCGAGUGGGAGGUAUCUGGCCUGACCAAGGCGGCGAGUUCGACUGUGCGGCCGGCGAGGGUUCAGGAGUCGGUUUUCUCUGUUGAAGGGGAGGUUGUUGAUAUUAAAGAGUUUGAGGCGCAUCAGCCUGGUAUGAGUGUCGGUGGAGUGGUGUUGAUCAAGGCGACGCGGUUCUGGGUGCAGGAGGGCGUUGCGGAUGAGAAUCUCAGCCAUAUUGAGCUGGAUAAGCUGCGUCCGAUUGCUCAGUUGGGUGGGAUGUCUUAUGGCAGGAUUACAUCGACGUUUGAAAGGCCGCGGGUGAGGUGGGCGAACGAGGUGAAGAAGAGCAAGGUGUUGACUGAGUUGGAAAGACGGAAUGGUUUGUCAUAGUCGUAUAUCUUAGCUGUUUAGACUUGUAGUAAUUAAGCAAUCAAAACCCUAACUUCCG